AUGGCCAGUAUUAAAAUCGUACUAUAUGAUAAGUACGUUAAAUUAAUGUUAUUUCCUUUCAACCACCUAGGUUCGUUCGGUAAAUUGAUGAAGAUGUAUCGAAAGCUUGAAGGUUGCAGUCAAAGUCUCUUGACAUCCGAUGACCUCAAAAGUCAUCUUAAUAGGUGUUCUAAUGUAGUGUUCGACCAGGUCGUGUAUCGCGAAGAUCCCUAUGACAUAUCAGACGUAUUCGACGAAUCUUCAAAUGAAGGGAAUCUGUUACUUGAUUUCUUGGUCCAAAGAAGUGGAUUUAGAAAAUGUGCUCCGUCGGAUGAUCAAGAAAAAGUGUUAACGUUUUUGAAAGACAAUUCCGUGUUUGAAAAUGGGAAAUACUGGUUUCGUUGUGAUGAAGAAGACGUGGUGGCAAUGAAAUGA